GCCUUUCCUCGUUGCUCUCUCAACUCUCGGUCUCUCUCUCUCUCUCCUCUGCGUGUGUUUGCACAUGUUUAUCUGCGGAUUUCGCUCACCGCGCAAACACACACACGCGACCAGCAUGACUCUGAAGCAGCUGUAAAGGCUGGACCUCACGGAGGCGACAUUUAAUCCUCUCAUACAGACAUGAAGGCCUUGAUGACUAUCUCAGUCUUGUAUAUGAGGCUUUGAUCACUUCCCCUGCCCACACGUGCAUACAAAAAUCCUCCGGAUGGAACGCAGUCCAGGAUCCAAAAAAAAAGUAUGGGGUAAUCUGCGCCAGAAAGCCAAGCCGUUGAUCCACUAUGUACGCGGCACCAGUCAAAGACGCAUUAAGUCACAGGUUAGACCAGAGGAAGUGUUGGACCAUAGGGCGAGCUCUUCAGUGCCUGCUUCCCCAUCCCAACCAGCCCGCCAUCACCCCGUCAUCAGUCCCUCCACACCUGUCAACCAGCCUGAGUUAGAGAGGGGGGGCGGAGCCCAAUGUUCUGAUUUGGCAGCUGGACCUACAGACGUAUCUGCCUGGAGACCACAGGACUUGGUGGACAACGAUCUUGAUGAGCACCAGGACUUCCUGGAUGGUGUAAAUGGCAUGGCGCUCGUACCAGAGAACUCAACAGAGAGACACCAGGUUGAGAGCCAUGACACCGAUUCUCUCCAUGACCCUGAACAACAUACAGCCCUGGACAUGGCCGGGGAGAGCGGGAGUGUCAGUGAGAAUCAUAAGGAACCUCAGAAAUCCUACCUGCUCUCCAUUAACCUGAAAGAGGGCCGAGGCCUUGUCAUCAGAGACCGCUGUGGUACAAGUGACCCGUAUGUGAAGUUCAAGCUCGAGGGAAAGACGUUAUACAAAAGCAAAGUGAUCUAUAAGAAUCUCAACCCAAUCUGGAAUGAGUUUUUCUCCUUCCCUAUCCGUGACCUACAGAAGAAACUGCACAUCAAGGUCUAUGAUCGAGACCUGACCACAGAUGACUUCAUGGGCUCCACCAGCUUGCUCCUGAGUGAACUGGAACUUGAGAAAACAAUAGAAAUGGUGUUACAUCUCACUGACCCCAACAGUCUGGAAGAUGACAUGGGUGUGAUUAUUAUUGAUGUUAGUCUGUCAGUCAGAGACGGAGAAAACAAACGAAAUAAGUGGGUUCAGAAGAGGAAACGAAGCAUGAAAUUGAGUUCAUCCCCACAGACACGGCGUCUUGCCGAGUCUCUGAAGAAGAGCCAGCUGUGGUCUGGAGUCCUGAGCAUCACGCUGGUGGAGGGACGCAAUCUACCUGACGAUGGACCUGGAGACGUGUUUGUUUGGUUCACACUCGGAGAGCAGAAAUACAAGAGCAAGAGUCAAUGCAAAAAGACCAACCCUCAGUGGAGAGAGAAGUUUGACUUCAACCAGUUUUUGGAUGGGCCAAACUUUUUGAAGAUAAGCAUCUGGGCCAAAGAGGGCCGGAAAUAUGAGGAAUGUUAUGGACAGUGUGAAGUUAACCUGUCUGGGUUGAAGGUGAACAAACGUCAGUUGUUCACGUGUAGCUUGGACCAGAGUCGAGCCAAAGUGGUUUUCCUCAUCACACUGACGAGGUGCAGUGGUGUGUCCAUCACUGACCUGUGUACACCCCUACUGGACGAGCCACAUGAGCGAGAAAACAUGAUCAACAAAUAUAACUUCAGGAACUCCUUGAAGAAUUUAAAGGACAUUGGCUUCCUUCAGGUCAAAGUGUUCAAGGCUUUGGACCUCAUGGCUGCAGAUUUAAAUGGGAAGAGUGAUCCAUUCUGUGUGCUGGAGUUGGGAAAUGACAGACUGCACAGUCAUACACUCUACAAAACUCUUUACCCUGAAUGGAAUAAAGUCUUUACAUUUCCAGUCAAAGACAUCCAUGACGUUUUGGAAGUUACAGUCUUUGAUGAGGAUGGAGACAAGGCCCCAGAUUUCCUGGGAAAAGUGGCCAUUCCUUUACUCUCGAUACGUAACAGGCAGCUGAUUUCUUACCCACUGAAGAAAGAGGACUUGGGAGGAUUAUCCAAAGGAUCCAUUUUGUUAGAGCUUGAGGUCUUCUUUAAUCCAAUCAAAGCAAGCAUUAGGACCUUCAACCCAAAGGAGAGGAAAUUCCUUGAAGACAAUUCUAAGUUUUCCAAAAAGAUCCUGGCGAGAAAUGUUCUCCGUGUGAGGAACAUCUAUAGAUCAAUCAGACAGAUCUUGCAGUAUAUCAAGAGCUGUUUCCAGUGGGAGAGUGUUCAGCGGAGCAUCUUUGCAUUUGUGAUCUUUGUGCUCACCGUGUGGUACUGGGACUUCUACAUGCUACCUCUGUUCCUGGUCAUACUGCUCCUGUGGAACUAUACUCAUGUCGCCUCUGAGUGGGGAAGCCAGGAAAUGGACGGUACAGACAGUGAUGAUGAGGAUGAAGAUGAGAGGGAAUCUGAGAGAAGAGGUUUGAUAGAGAAGAUCCACAUGGUCCAGGAUAUUGUUGUCACUGUGCAGAACUUGUUGGAGGAAAUCGCAUGCUUUUUUGAGAGAAUAAAAAACAUGUUUAAUUGGUCUGUGCCGUUCUUAUCAAACCUGGCCUUCCUGAUUCUCAUCGUUGUCACAGUGAUCACAUACUUCAUCCCGCUGCGCUACAUUAUUCUGAUUUGGGGUAUAAAUAAAUUCACAAAGAAAUUACGGAAUCCAUACGCUAUCGAUAACAAUGAAGUGAUGGAUUUCCUCUCCAGGGUGCCUUCAGACGUCCAAAAGGAACAAUAUUCACCACCUAAACCUGUCUACGUUCCCAGAAGAAAGAGAGCUGUCCAGCAUAACCAGAUCUGAGCUCAUCUUCAGAGACUCUGUUCAUAUCAGUGACACUAAACAUCCACUCAUUUCUCCCUGCUUCAUGUAAAUGUAUAAUUUUAUAAAUCCCAGCAUUUUUAUUUUUAAACAGUUUCAAUGUUUUAUUCAUUUUGAAAUCAGUUAAUUGUGUUUAAUUCUUUAUUAUUCUGCAUGCUGUGCAACGUUUUAAGUGACUUAAAAUCAAACUUAACCCUACUGGUGUCGUUAAUAGUGGGUUCGUACCAAAGAAACUAUUUCUUGGAAGGAUUUUUAACAAUAUAAGCAGACUUCGUUUGUGGUGGGGUUUUUUUCUUUCUUUUUUAAUUUCGAUCAGUGUAUUGUAUAUGCAGUGGAUACUCCACAGGAAACCCUGAUCUAAAUUUGCUUGAUGGGGGACACUAUGGGCUACAUCCUACACUGUAUAGUGUUUGGCAUGUACUAUAGAUGUAGGCACAGUUUCAGUGUACAUUGAUAUGACGCAAUCUCCGUGUUGCUAAUUCCUGAAUUCUAAGAGAGUGCAAUAGACUGCAAUACCGGAUGUGUGUUGGGCCAGGAUGCAUUUUGUGGUGUCGCAGUACAUGUGUAUAAUGUUUGCAGAUUUCACAGUAAGCCUUAUUGGUGGUCUUUUAAACUAUUCAUCAGUGACAGAUUAUUGUAAUUUAAGGGAUUUACACUUCAAAUGUAGAUGUAUUUUUGUACUUUUAAGCCUUUUAUAAUGAUUGUGUUGUCAUUAUGAUUGUAAAAAAAAAAAAAAAGAAAAAACACUUUAAAAACAGAAGUGCCUUCUGUGUAUGCUGUAUAAUUGUAAAUAAAACUGAUUUUAAGCUGCACUUUUGAAACCAAAUACAGCUACAUGUGUUAGAGUUGUACUGGAUGUUACUGAUGACAUUGACAGUUGUAUUCCUUGUUUACCACUGGCCAUACUUUUUAAUUAUUUUCCUUAUGUGUAAAAAAAAAAAGUCUGCAGCACAUUACAGACUCACCUUGGUUUCUUAUCAAGGUGUAACUGGGAUUAAUGCAUGCACAACAUCUUGAUCCUUUGCACAGAGAAAGUUCACUAAAUUUGACUCACUGUUCAGUGGCCCAGAACACAAUAAACUUCGAGUCAAACUGCAGAAA